UUAAAGAUAAAAGGUGUUGCAGCAAUAAGACAUUAGAAUAUGGUUUCUGUAGUCUAGUUCCUUUUGUCUUAGCUUAUCUGACAGGUCCAAUUAAAAGUUUAUCUCAAAUGUGAAGAAAUUGCAAUGUUAGAAGAUGAAGAUUGCUGGGCUACACUACAUAGGGCAGAGAGUUUUAUCAAAUUCAACUUGGACUUGCUCUAUGGACUGCUGACUGGAAAUGCAUUGCCCUGAGAUGACGCGGAAUUGGUGCCACAAUGGUUCAAAUUACUUUAGAGAAGCUGUGGGACAGGUUUCGUUACACUAGCUGUAUUGCAACAGGUUUUUGCCAUUACAAUAGCUCUAUUGCAACAGUUCUUUACUGAUAGAAUAGGCUUCAAAUUUAAAAUUUGGAAUUCGCCUUGGCUUGCGAAUGAUCUCGGCUACUCGUUCUGUUCAUCAACCUCCCAAACUACUGAAGGUACUUUAUCUUUAUCAGCAACUUCGAUUUGAGCCUACCUGUUGCUGCACCAUUCAUGAAACAAGAAAGAAAUAUCAGUUUUCACACGAUUAUUAUAUUUUUGUCUUAUCUUCCUGUACUUAGCAAGUUAUCGAUGCUAACUAGAACUUUUUCACAAUGUUGAUCACCAAGCAGCUAAUGUCUACUGGUCUGCACCAUAGACUUCUGUUACUCCAUGUGCUUCUUUUUCCUUUUCUUUUAACGGUGAAUAGUACAACUUGUCAACUUUUGUCAAUAUGGGUGUUUUGCCUUUGCAUACUAACAAAGUAAUGCAUAGUGCAACCCGUAAAAGAAUUAGGUUAAUGGGUUAUGUUUUUUACCAGAAAACAGAAGAUAAAGCAACUCCGUGAAAUUGACACUAUAUUAUUAUUAGCUGUUAUAGCCUACUAGCUUAAUAUACUUGGUUUGCUAAUUUGAUCUUGUUCAUAUAGUUUGGCAUCACCCCUCUGUUAAGAGUUUUCCAGAAGGUAUUGCCCAAUUAUUCCAUUUGUUUUAUCUUUCAGCUGUCCCUUGUUAAGAUGGAUUCAAAUGGAAGAACCACAAAAACAAGGAAAAUUGGACACACAUGCUGCCUCUUAACCCACCCCCCUUUCUUUAUAUACUCAUUCUUCAUCUUUAAAGACCAUCAUCUCUCUCUCUCUCACCCUAUGUGAUUCAACAACAAAACCUUAGUGAAAACCCGGUGAAGCAAAGAACGAUGGUUUCUUCAGCAAGAAACUAUCAGUUGGUGAUCAUUCUGCUCAUGUUAACUUUUCUUAUAACUUCAUCUUCCGGUCAAGAACCUGAAUCCUCUCUCCUCCUCAAGUUCAAGUCUUCACUCGCAAACGCCACCUUUCUUAGCAACUGGAAUGCAACGGUGCCGCUUUGCGGUAGCAACAUUUCCUACUGGUACGGGUUGAUUUGCUACAACGGCAUAUUCAUCGGUCUCCAGCUCGAAAACAUGGGAUUAUCAGGGGAUCUUGACGUUGACACUCUUUCCCAAUUAACUUCUUUACGUACUAUAAGUGUUAUGAACAAUAACUUUCAAGGGCCAUUGCCGGACGUGAGGAAACUUACAGGACUGAGAGGUUUGUUCUUAUCUAAUAACCGUUUCUCCGGUGAGUUGCCGGAUGAUGCUUUCGCCGGGAUAAAGUCAAUUAGGAGAAUUUUAUUGGCGAACAAUGGGUUUACGGGCAAGAUUCCAACGUCAUUAGUGGCAAUUCCAAAACUUAUUGAGUUGCAGCUACAAGACAACAAGUUUGAUGGUACAAUACCUGCAUUUGCUCAGCCGGAUUUAGUAUUAGACGUUGCAAAUAAUAGACUUGAAGGCCCCAUACCAUCUCAACUUAGCAACCAAAGCUUAAGCUCAUUUGAAGGAAAUUUGGACCUAUGUGGAAAGCCAAUGCCACCAUGUCCACCGUCAAAGGUUGAGGAACGAAAACUUUCAAAGAAGAAUGGAAUCAGAUAUAGAUCUAUCUAAUUGUUGAAAUAAAUAUGUUAUCUGUUUUUCUGAAUUAUGAAUAAUUGGGUAUGAAUAUGUUUUAGUGAAGUCAUUGAAUGGAAUUUUGUUUAGAUAGAUCAAUUAUGCAGCUAUAUA